AUGCUUGUAUCGGCCCUCUUCUACGGGCUGCUGCAGCAGCUCUUAGUUGCGUCCGUUGUCAGUGCCGAAGGGUUGAUCGAGGUCGCUGAUUUUGGUGAACUGGGUAAUGACUAUAACUGCCCUGGUGGGAACGUUUACUUUGUUGCUCACCCAGUCGAUGCGCUCUUAUACCACAAUCCCGACCUCUACCAUGACGUCCAUACCUUCAAGUGUACCACAGUGGUCGUUUUCACCGCCGGCGAUCGUGGGGUGAAAGACACCAGCUUCACCGAUUCGCUCGAGCGGGGGCUGGAGACAUCCUACAACUUCAUGGCAGGCGCACCGGUCAAUCAAACUGGCUGGGACGGCGUGAAGGUUGCCUGCGGCGACGCUCUCAUCACGCUUCGCUAUCCAAAGGACGCAAAGGGUCUCUUGCUCAUUUACUUGCGUUUCCCGGACGGCGCUUCAGGCGGACAAGGCUAUAAAGAGACGGGCCAGGUGUCUCUCAAGAAGCUGUAUCAGAAUCAGAUCCAGAGUAUGUCAUCCAUUGACGGCGAGAUAACUUACAACCUCGACGGACUGAAGCAUUUGAUCUCCAUCAUUCUUCAGUGGAAGAGCCCAAAGUUCAUCCGCACCCUCGACGACCUGACUCCGAUCGCGAAAGACGGCGAAUAUACUGCGGAGCAUGCAGACCAUUCUGUGUCUGCGCGAAUCGUACACGACGUGAUCAAGGAAUACAAGAUCCCUGGAAACGUGACAAGGCAAUGCAAGCUUUACAAGGAAUGCUUCAAGAACUCAGGUCUCAUGCCUAAAGAGACCCCGGACGACGUCAAGUACACAGUCGAGUACCUUGAUCGGGAGUAUUACAUUACUUAG